AUGUUGCACUAUACUCUAUCACCACAACUUCGACGACAUCAAGAGUCACGACAACAUCAACAUCAACGUCCAGAACAUCAACAACCACCACAACUUCGCCGACGUCGACAACCUCCACAACAUCAACAUCAACAUCAAAAACCACCACAACAUCAACAUCAACGUCAACAUCAACAACCACAACAUCAACAUCAACAUCAAAAACCACCACAACAUCAACAUCAACGUCAACAUCAACAACCACCACAACAUCAACUUCGACGAGAUCAGUAA